AUGAUGAUCCCUCCCCGAGCUGAAAGUAUCGGGUAUCAGAAAGUAUUGCCGAUCCGCAAGACACGCCAGGGCUUUUGGCCGAUGCUGGUGCAGUGUUUGGGCGGGAUGGCGCGCGCGCACAAGGGGUGGGGGGCGUAUCGCCAUGCACCUAUCGUUUAAGGGACGGCCGGGCACUGUAUGCCCGGAGACAUGGGAGUGGCCAACAAAGCAGUGUUUGAGGUCGUCAGCUGUAUUUGUACAGGUAUUGAGGUGUGCAUUGUUGGAGGAUGGGUUUUGUCUCCUUCCUUUUCCCUGUACUCGCCAUCCCGGCAGAAAUUUAACGGGACUCUGCUUUUCUUACUUUUUUGGAAUGCACGUUUUCGUGACGCUGUGUGUUCGACGUUCAUUGUUGGAGGUUGGGUUUUGUCCCAUUCCUUUCCCUAUAUUCGCCAGCCCGGCAGAAAUUAUCCGGAAUCUGUAUUUUUCUUUGUAUGCAUGUUUUCGUGACGUUGCGUGUUCGACGUGCACUAUUGGAAGUUGGGUUUUGUUCCCUUCGUUUUCCCGUUUCUCGCCAGCCCGGCAGAAAUUUAACGGGACUCUGUUUUUUUGUUGGCUUUGGAAUGCAUUCUUUCGUGAUGCUGCAUGUUCGACGUUGAUUGUUGGAGGUUGGGGUCCGCUCCCUUCCUUAAUACCCUCCUUGUU